UCUGAUGCCGGGGACGCUGGGGCCUCAUCACUUUCCCUCCCUUCUCUUGUAGAACACCAGCACGGGAGGACAACCGUGCAUACGCACCACUUCUACAGAGGCACCGGCGCUGUGAUGCCAUCAUGUGCUUUUACCAUGGAGGCAGGGAGCUGGCAGAAGAAGAGGGGCCCUGGCAGCUGAUCCUGUGCAGCUCCUGUGGAGCGGAGAGCACCCACCGACAGUGCUCCCGCUCAAGCAUCAGAAUGAACAUGUGGGACUGUGACAGAUGUGCUGGCCUGGGUACCGCCUCCAGAGCCAUCUCGGAGCUCGCGGCACUCAGCACUGCCAGACAGCAGAGCCUGGAGUCAUCCCACAGCCCCCAGGAGCCUGAGGACAGCUGCUCCGGCCCCAACAGCCAGGCAGCGUCCGGGCCAUCACAUAGGUCCCAGCUGCCGGAGCUCAGCUGCCAGACCAGUGAGCUGGGGACAAUCUGCUCCCAUAUUCCUGACCAUCAGGGGACAGUGGAGCAGCACCACGCACAGCAUGGGAGCAGCCAUACACCCACCCCAGCCAUUGAAAGCAGCUCCCGCGUCUCCACCAGACGGGGCAGAUCGGGAUCCUCCAGAGCAGCCACAGCAGCUGCGCGCAGGAGGCGUCCCAGGCAGCGGAGAACAAGGAGCGCACGAAGCCGCUCCCCGCUGCAAGGUCGGGCCCCAGGAUCCCAGAGCCGGACCAGAAGACCUCGAGGCAGCAGGCGAACACCAUCUCCAGCUGCUCAGAGCAGAACCCGCAGCACCACCAGAGCGGCAACGCAGAGGUCCGUGAGGGCUCCCCAGCGUUCACGCACUGCGGACCGGCCCAGGCAGCCACGGCAGGCCCGCACGCGAAGCCGUUCCUCAGUGGCACAACGAGCCCCAAAUGUCCACGGCCGGCUCAGAGGAGGCUGCAGGAGAAAGCCCCAACAGCAGAGGCUAUCUCGGCCAUGAAGUGACUCCCGGGUCUAACAUCAAAGACAACACCCCCCUCCCAUAAGCCCCCCAAAACAUGGCGUGUUCCAACAGCGGGGGCUAUCCCGGGCAUGAAGUCACUCCUGGAUCCAACACCAAUGUCAGCAUCCCCACCCCUAUCCUCCUCCCCAAACAGCCAGCCCCAAGAAUUAUCUCAUGGAAACUGUUCCAACAGUGCGGUCCAUCCAGGCAUGUUGUCACUCCUGGGUGCAACAUCGAUCCAAGAUCUGCCGAUCCCCUCCCCCCCACCCAACAAUCAUCCCAGAAAUAGAUGACAUGGAAGCAGUUCCAACAGGGGGGUUAUCCCAGGCAUGAAGUCACUCCUGGGUCUAAGAUCGGAGCCAACAUCCGCUCCCCUGC